GUAUAAUUAAAAUGUUUUCAUUUUCCAUAAUAAAAGUGGAAGACGUUUUCAUUUUCUUAAAAAUAGCCGGGAAAGGCGGCGCUGACUCACACAGAGAGGACAGGAGAGGAGAGGAGAGGCAGAGUGUCCCAUGGACACUCCAAUCCAAUCGAGAGACAAAAACACACACACAAAAUUUAUUAAGUCCCGUCUCCCUCCACCCCCCGUCAUGGCGCAUGGAGUACCCUUACAAGGCUCCGUCCUCCCCCGCCCCCACCAAUUCCACUAGUUGGAGCACGGCCGAAACGCCAAUGUCGCUGUCGAUGUGUCUCAGCUGCUUCUCUGCUGCAGCGCUGCUGCCUCUGCCUCUGCCUCUGCCUCUGUGGCUCUGAUGACAGCGUUCAUGGCGGACUGAGGCGCCAGUUUGAUGCGAGGCGUGCGUUGAUUAACUUGUUGCAUGCGCGUCCUGGAGCAAAGGGAGCCAGGCCAGCCACCACCACCCUUUCAGCACCUACCACCCCCUUUCCUUCCCCAUUCGACAGAGUGCGCGUCUGUGUGUGUGUGUGUGUGUGAGUGUGCGUCCGUGUGGUUGUCGUAAUAAUUUGCGUACAGUGGGCGCCAAACGAACUUGUGUUGCGGUGCGGUCAGUGGCAGCGCAAAUGUGGCCGAGGACAGGCAGUCCGAUGAUGACACUGGAGGAACGCUGACACCUCCGCGCCCCACCGAGUAUCUGGUCUACUGGUCUACUGGUCUACUAAUCGAUGGCUGCCCAUCAACCGCCAAAGCGCUAAGCAAAUAAGCAACAGGAGCCGCGCUCAUCGACUGUCUGUGCCACAAGCGGCGCCGAACAAAGUCAGCGUUGGCGUUGGCGUCGGCAUCGCUGUCAACGCAUCGGCCAACGGCACUCACUGCUAACGGUAGAAAUAAAUAAACAGUUUUAGUUGCUGGCGGUGAUUCCUGGGGAGAGCAUAGCACGCGGCUAGUCGCGCCACAAGUGCCACCUGUCACCUGCUGCUCCUCCAGCCAAGGCCACGCCAUGCUGGCGGCACAAGAGAACCGAUUUCAGUACGUGUACUUCACGCUGUCCGGCCUGGUGGCCAGCGCCAUGCUCGUCCUGGUCUACAUCUCCAUGCGCACGAGCCUUAAUGAGCGCCUGCGUGUCGACCUGGAGCACCUGCAGCGCCAGCUGAUCCUGGAGAAGCCCAAUCCGCACUGGAACUACACCAACAGCUGGCGCAGGAUCGGCAACGCCUCACUGAGGCACGAGAUCUAUUCGGCCUACUUCGAUGCCAGAACAGAGAUCAUAGGAAAUGUCCGCAUGGAUGAGGACCAAAUUACCAUCGGCUCCUUGCGGAUAUUCGCCACUUUGCCAGUGCGCCUGCGGGACUCCAAGGUGAGCUGCAUCGUGCGCUUCGCUGACUUCAGCAGCCAGGAGAUCGUGGCCGAGGAGGCGGGGGCCAUGCACGACGUGCACAACAACAGCUUUGCGGCCUGGAGCAUCAUGUGCCCGCUACAUGCCUCCAGGCGCGACCCGAUGCGCCUGCCACAGGCGGUGGCCCUCAGCUACGCCUCCAAUCGGUUGAGCCACCUCAGCCCCAGCUUCAUACAGAUAAGCUACCCCCGCAACAUGUCGAGCUUGUUUACCAAGUCGCGACCCGCCAUCUCCGUGUGCGUGGGUCCGCUCCAGGAGAACUACUCGAACGUGCUGCGACUGGUGGAGUUCGUGGAGAUGUACCGGCUGCAGGGGGCCGCCCAUUUCUACUUCUACUACGUGGAGGCCAGCAAUGAGGUGCAACGUGUCCUGGCCCACUACCAGCGCCAGGGCCUGGCGGACGUCUUCGAGUGGAACGUGCAACCGCACCUGCAGGACCUCCACUACGCUGGGAUUGUGGCCCAGUUCAACGACUGCGUAUACCGCGCCAACGUCGUGGAUAACUAUCGGUACGCAGCCGUGGUGGAUCUGGACGAGGUGCUGAUGCCCCUGAAGCACAAUUCGCUGGCGGACUACUUGCGUCAGUGCGACGAAGGCCGUACCGCCGGCUUCGUCUUUCGCAAUGUGUUCUUCUACCGGAAAGACAGCAACGACACCUUCAACUCGCCGACCCACGUCCUAAACCGGCUUCUGUAUACCCAGUCCAAGGUGCGUCGCACCUUGGAGAUCAUGCCCGCCUAUGUGCGCAGCAAGCUGGUGGUCAACACUCGCUCCAUCGUAGAGAUGGGCAACCACCAGGUGUACCGCUCCGCUCCAGGCUUCGUGGACCACGUGGUUCACCCCACGGUGGGGCUGCUCUUCCACUAUCGCGACAAGUGCAUCAACUGCAAGAUGGUUCUUAUCGUGGACUACACUGCCAGGCGCUUCGGUUCGCUGCUCUUCGAUCGCGUCGACACCACUUGCCUCGAGGUCUUCAUGGACCGCCACGGCAUCUGCGAGCUGGCGUAGUCUUAUCGCUGUCCCCCAUCUCUAGGCCCCAUAUGUACCACCGAACGCCCCCUAAAACAGAGAUCUCGGCGGGUUAGAAAAAUCUAAGCUGGAACCCGAAACGAAUCGCUGUUCAGUUCAAUGCUGUGGUUGAUCUGAGCCAGUCGCCAGUAGCCAGUCGCCAGUCGCCGGUCGACAUGCUGAAAUUCUGCUCCCUGCGCCGCGGCAAGGAGUCGGCGCCGUGCCCGCGUCCAGCCCAACGUGUGUCCAAGAGUGUACGACAAAUUAGGCUAAGUUGCAUUUGUAGUUGUUCCUCUAAGUGUUAUGAUAUAUUUAAUAAAGUGUGCUUGAGUGAUUUGUGAUGUUA